AUGGACGAGGACUGUCUCGCCGUACUGCACAACAUUGGUCACGGGGGGCGAAUUGUAAACCCUUCCCGAAACCGUGAGGAACUCCAUCUCACCACAAGACAUUCUGUCGUGAAGAAUGGGACGCCAGAGCUGGCAGCUAUGUCAAUCUUCCCCCAGCACCAUGGCAGCCACUAUCUUCCGAUCUUCGUGCUGCCUGUGCGGCCCAACGAUAACCAGUCCUGGCAUCUAGCUCCUUCGGUAGGGUUACGGCUUCAAACAGUUAAUGUAAUUUUCUCAGUGAAUCUCAACAGCACCGAUAUUCAAACACUGGGUGCUAUUCAAAGUUGGAACGGCGGUCGCCUAUAUGGAGUGAGUCAGCACAUCAGAGUUGACAAGGUUUACAAGUACGCUUCGUCGAUCAUUAUCAUUUUUGCAGUCACCUUUGCCAUUUGGCAUAGUCUACCCAAAGAUCCCGCUAUUAGCUUUAUUGGCUUUGAGUAUAAUGAAGAUGCUGCCUUAAGGGGGGUUUGGGCUCAGAGGUGA